AUUUGGGCGUGUGUUUAGGUUCUCCUCAAAUCAGUUCAUAAUCAACAUUGCAUUGUAAUUUUUCAUCUUUUACGUAAUUUUUAUUUUUUUAAAUGAUCUAAUAUAAUGAAACGUUGGUCUUGUAUAUUCCUGCUCGUAACAUGCCUCAUCUGGCAUGUUGCUGUCAGAGCUCAGAAUGCAGGAGGUUGUCACAUUCCAUUGGUUAUCAGAGGAUCUUGGUUUUCAUGGGAAAAUGGCAGGAAUACCUUAACAGAAAUAAAUGCUAACAGUAUGACUGGGAGGGGCAUAUGUGUAAAUAUGGUAGACGAAUUUCUUGUUAAUUAUACGUUUGUAUUUCGUGAUUCUAAUACUCCAGUCAUGUACGACAGCUGUUAUCAUUGCGUGAAACUUAUUGUUAGAACUGUAAACGUCCUGGAAAAACUUGAAGUAAGCUGUGUAAACUUACCCAAUGGCGUUGAACCCACUGUGGAUAAUGUUUGCAGAGGUUUAAAUGCAAAUCAGCAGUUAAUAACAUUAUUCUCUGAAAAUUAUGUGCCUGUAAACUGUAGAUCUUCUCUGGAAGGAGUUUGGCAGUUUGCUUAUCAAAAUCGAUUUAGAUUUACAGGAGAGUGUAAUCAUCCAGAUGCGCAAAUAAAGUCUUGUCAGACUGCAGGAACUCAAUUUCUUAUAACUACAAAAUUCAAUAUUACUUACAAGAGUUGCCCUGGAAUGAAAGGAACUUUUGAUGGAUUGGUAGAAUAUAGUUGUUUAGGUGAUUGGUUUGUGGACAAGAAUCACUUCUUUGCAGUAGCGAAUACAAAAGAAUCUCGAAAGGACGAGAAAUAUAGAUGCUUUUUAAAGAAUCGAGACGACGAUUUGUAUAUCGGUGUAUCGAUUACCGCGGAGUGUAAUACUCUUAAAACUGUCGAGAAAAGUCCCGAACGUUUGCGAAUUACUCCGGUUAAGGCCGAGGUAGUUGAACCGGGUUGUCGUUUGCCCGAGGAUAUGUCUGGGAAUUGGAUCAACACUGCUAAUAUCGAUGCAGAUAUCUUCAUCAACGAAACGCAUAUUAUUGAGACUUGGUAUCCAGACCAAGGACGUUAUCGUCGAACGAUUUACGUCUGCCGUGAACAAAGGGACUCGAGAGUAAUGAUGGCGAGAUUGACUGUCGAUGGAUGCCAAAAAGACUAUGUUUGUUUUGAUUUUGUACGACGACAUCAUAAUGUUAUCAGAUAUCGACGUGGAGUGGCUGUGAUAAAAGAUAAUUUUCAUACAGUGUGUUCUUGGGUUCAAUUUCCCAAUAAAGAAGCUUGGAAACAUGAUCUGUUUUUAGCGAAAAAUCCUGUUCCGGUGCGCUGCCCGAUAGCAGGCAAAUAUAUGUUCCAUCAAAAGGGUGAUGUUCUCUUUGAGACAAGGAUUUUAGGCGGCGUCACUAAAUCUCCACGUCCAAAUAUUUAUUGCAAACAAAAUAUUUCCGACUUCUCAGUUUGCAGUACCGAUCAAAAGGAAAUUGCUAUUGAUGAGACUUAUUGUUUAUCUGUAGAUCACUUGGGAAAACCAGUUGACAUUUACAGUGAUCCGGAUUAUGUGAUGAAAUGUAUUGGAUUUUGGAAGGAGAAUUUAAAAUCAUAUCUAAUAACUUAUGACGAACUGGAUCCCUUUAGCAAAUAUCGUUGUUGGGUGUAUCAAAGGGCUGAUUUGAAUAGAGUUCUCUUGUCUCAGGCUAUUGGUCCAUUCUGUGAUCUCAAACAAGAUGUGUCGAGUCAAAAUUACACAGAAGGUGCCGCAGUUGCAUUGGAAUUGCAGGAAUACGAGCGAGAACGUGAUCGAUGUCCGAUGUAUUUCGACGAUGGGAGUAAUCCUUGGGUACAAACGGAAAACUUUGUCAACGUCUUCCAUUUCGGAAGUGGCGGUAAUAAAAAUAGUUGUUUCUUAUUCUUAUUUAUCAUACCAUUAGUAAUAGCAUUUUAUAGUAGAGAGUAGAGAUCGAUAUAGCAUUUUAUAGUACGUAAAACUAAUUUUCUUUGAGGUUCAAACGCGUUCAUUAAUUCUCAUAAAAUUCUCGUAGCUCGAUAAAUAUUUAAGAUAAAUAUUAAGUUUAAACAAUUGAUCUAUUUUGCACUGGCAUUAUAUAUAUAUAUAUAUUCCGUCCAUUUUGUAACUAUGGUUGUAUAUGUGCCUUUAACACUUACUGCCUUAUUCUUAUAUAAAUAGGUAAUAUAUAAUGUAGAUAUCUUAAUGUCCGCGCGAAAUCCGUCCACAAAGAAUCUCUAAUGUAAAACAAGUGCAUUCUGAUUCGCACAUUAUUCAUUUUAUGAAUAGGACAAAAAAUCACAAGCAGGAUUUGAUGAGAUUAUUUUUAUUGUCUAAUAGAAAGGGGAUUGAAAUAUAAUAUUCUCUUAUUAUAAAAAGAUCUUUUAAUGAUAGUAAUUUUUACUAUUUGACAGUGUUUUUGAGAGAAACUAUUUGAAAGAGAAAUGAAAUGGAAUGUUUUAGAUUUUCUGGAAUUUAAGUAAAAAUUACAACUAUCUAUAAAUAUUUUCAAAAUU